UGGAGGAGGAAAAAGAUGUUUGUGUUGAUUGAAUCAAACCAAUCGUGUGCUCUUCCAGAAAAUGAGGAUUCCAAGCUGGUGUCCCUUGUAAAUUGUUCCCAGUUCUGCCACAGUGCUUUAUCAUAAUUAUUCCUGGUAUGUGCAAUAAGAGUUCUCAGCGGUGGAUGUGGCUAUAUUUGUCACAAAAGUUCGUCAGCAGUUGGACUCUGAGUUAUGGCCGACCUGCAAUCCCAAGUUGACCUCUGAUAAAACAUCUUGAUGUAGUGCAGGCGCGACGCGACCCAGCUAUAUUUGGCCCACCAAAAUGUUUAUUUUUGGACGGCCUUUGUCUCUGCCAGUGAACUUCAACAUAAGCACUGCAGAUCACCCGUGUGAAUCGUUGAACAAGUCCAUGUCCACCGCGUUUAAUUCCCUGGACCAAACUGCUAUUGCUUGAUUAGCUUGAACAAAAUGGCGGACGCAUUAGCUGAGGUUGGACACUACGCCCACCUGGUGUGGCAGUUCUGCACCCUGCGCAACGUAGUGGUGUACUCGGUCCUCCUGAUGCUGGCCCGGUACGUCUACAACCGACUGAAGCUCACGAACCUCCCGCCGGGACCAUGGGGCCUGCCCAUCAUCGGGGCCAACUUCCGACUAGGCUACAAGAACCCGGCCGAGGCCUUGCUGAGGAUCAGCCGGCAGUACGGACGGAUCUUCAGCAUUCGGUUCGGGCCGCAGCUGGUGGUGGUGCUGAACGACGUGGAGCUGGCCAAAGAGGCGUUCGUGAAGAACGGUGACGUGUCCAGCGGCCGGCCUCAUCCCACUGACAUCGGCUUCUCGCUCAGGAAAAUGCCAGCCCAGCUAAUCCGUUCUGAGGGACAGGACUGGAAGGAUCUGCGCAGCUUCACCCUGAAGGCACUGCGCCACUUCGGCGUGGGUACCAGGGAGAUCGAGAAAGUCAUCGAAGACGAGGCCCAGCAGCUCUGCAGCACGCUGGAGAAAGAAGUAGCGACCGAGGCUGGGCACCAGCUAGAUCCGCGCCGCUUGCUCAACAUGGCCGUGGCCAACAUCAUCUGCUCCUUCACCUUCGGCUACCGGAUGGAGUACAGCAACCCGGACUUCGUCAAGAUCAUCGAGAGCAUCCGAGAUAUCUCGGCCGACACCUCGCUGACCAACCUGAUGCAGGUCUGGCCGCUGCUGAUCUUGACGCCGGCCUACAGCGCCGUGCGGCGGGGCAUCAUGACCUUCCGGCGCAUGGCCCAGAAAGUCAUCGACCAGCACAAGGAGACGUACGACGCUAACGACAUGAGGGACGUCUUGGACAUGAUGAUUGCAGAAGUCAAGAAGGGGAAAGAUGCUAAGAUACCCGUCGAUGAAGCCUACCUCUGGAUCAACGUGGGUGAGCUGUUCGGGGCUGGAGCGGAUACCACCAUCAACUCGCUCAUGUGGGCUGUCUUUGAGAUGACCUCGAGGCAAGACGUACAGGACAAGGUGCGGAAAGAGAUCCACGAUGUCCUGGGCACCCACCGGCCGCCGAGGAUGUCUGACCGGGGCGAUCUGCCCUUCACCCAGGCGGCCGUCAUGGAGUCCUUCCGCCUGAGGCACCCGGGGCCGACCGGCUCCCUACACCGCACCACGGCCACCAUGCACAUCGCCGGCUACACGAUACCAGAGAACACCUUCGUGACCAGCCCACAGUGGAGCAUGCACCGGGACCCGAGGGAGUUCAAGAAGCCGUACGAGUACGACCCGGGCAAUUUCUUGAACAAGGAGGGAAAGUUCACCGAGCCCAAUGGGUUCAUGCCGUUUGGUGUUGGCCCCCGUGUCUGCAUCGGCGAGUCCCUGGCCCGCACCGAGCUCUUCGUCUUCUUCACCACCCUGAUGCAGCGGUUCAAGUUCGAGUUCGCCCCGGGGCAGGUCAUCCAGGACGAAGGUCACGGUCACUUCGGUGCCACCUACACUCCGAAACCCUACAAAGUGCGCCUCACGCCCGUCACGCAUUAACUGUGAAUAACAUUAUUAAUAGAACCAAGGUGAUGUCAUAACGCAUUCAGUAUCAUUGGCAUGAAUCUCUUGUUUUUAAGCCUGAAUGAAGUUAACUCUUUAAGGGAUUUUUCUUUCGUUGAUGUUUUCUUAAUUUGGUUUAGUUGCCCAUAGAAUUUAACGGGACGAAUCUCUUUUACCGCAAUAUAAUUAUUUUUGCCCAAUAUUAUGGCGCAGGUGAAUUGAUAAAUGUCUGGCGUUCGUUGUUAGGCUAAGGCGCCCUCUUUUGUUAAUUACCUCACGGAGCCUGAACUCGGUUGCUUGAUUUGCGAACUACACCUAUACAAUAAACUGAUUUCUGUCCUGUCAAAAUUGUCACCACUGUUGGAAGUCCUGUGUUGCCAUUUACAUGUACUGCUCCGCGAACAACCGUCAAAUUCCUACUCCGCCGUUCAGAUCUAUAAUUUGAUCAAACUGACCCAGAGAAACGGAGCAGUUUUCGCCUAGAGAAAACAAAAACACGUUGUGUAAUUCGUGUGUUGUGGGUCAUACGUCAUUAAAGACACUAUAGUGUUUGGGUAAAAAUUCAAUUUGUGCCAAACUAUAAUCACAUAAAGUUGACACUUGAUCAAAUUCAAACGUUUUUGACAAAAUGUGGUGCUGUUUUAUUCUGAGCGGGAAAACAUAAGAAAGGUGACCGUCGUUGAGUCAGGUUACAAAAUUUAAGUUUUCCCGGCUCUGUUGUAUUUUUUUCGCUAAAAUUCUUAAUUUUCACAAGCUGUUCGUCCCGAUUCUUUCAAUAUAUUACUGGCAUCCGAUUGUAAAGUUCGAAUUGGAGACUGUUUGUAUUUUUACAAAUUACACUCGGAUAUCGCAUCUCGUUGAGGUUUGCUAUAAGUCACUACAAUUAUAUCAUUCGAGCGAAUACGUGCUCGUCGAAAAGGAACCAAACAACAAAAAGAGAUAAGUAUCAAAUAUCUUCGAAACCUGAAUAAAUAUCAAAACAUUUCGGUAGACUUUA